GGACGACGUAGCUCUCUUGCGUGUUAUCGACACCGAAAUUCUGGUUGAAGAACUGGACAGAUGCUCACUGACCGCCAGCUGCACCAGAACUCGUCUGCCGCCAAUUUUUGGGAGCAACCGUGCUCGGAGCCGUCGUCAAUCGUCAGCAGGCUUACCGCGCAACCGUGCGGCCCGUCCCCAAUUGUGAUCAGUGCACACUUAUCAGCCACCCCAGCCUGCCCGAUUUGCAGAAAAAGCUUAUCAAGUGAGCUGAUGUGGGAAGGCUGGUCGUAUAAUGACCUGUUCAUAUUAACAGGGACUAUCUCCCCAAGGCCACGCAAGCUGCUGGUGGAUGAUUAUGGGACUCAUUCACGAGGCUGGCCGCAAAUAUUGCUCUUGACAUGUUUGACCCGGGGAAGCGUGCAAUUACCUCCCCAGUCGAAUCUCGGUGGGAGGUAAGUGGUGCUGAGAAUUGAUGAUGCGCACCACUGUUUUGGGCAUUGACUUCCUCUGCUUCGUGGUCAGAAGGCAUAUCCCGCACGGCUUGUGGAAACUACCUAGGUGCCGCCCACGCGUUCAUAUUGUGGAAGAAUCGCGUCCCUGGAGACACAUUCCACUGCACUACCACGUACCAGGUAUGCAGCAGGAAAAAAGCCCAAUGAGCCCUAGCGGCAGUCACAGGAACAGCUUCACAACUAUCUUCCCAACAUCUAUUGGAAUGAUGAGUAUAAUAAAUCUGCUUCUUGACCUUCUUGGAGCAGCCAGUCGAACACGGGUUUCAUAGUCAUCUUCAGGCAACAAGUACUGCAUCGCUUGCGGCACCUUCAAACCAUCACGUUCUUUCUCCAGUUGAAGGCUUCUUCCUGCUCUUCGACUUCCAUCUUAUACCUUUUGCUUUUUCACUGAUGCAGUUUCUGCAGGCACUCGUCUCAAUGCCCUUCCUAUAUUGUACACCAUGCUCCACGGCGUCCGUGCAGCGGUCAAACCUGAGAGUCGUAGGUAUUCGACCAAGUCCUCUUGUUCCACUUCACCAAGCGGGCUAAACCCAUGUACUCAGUGUUGAUGGGAGACUCGCCGGUGUAAAGGAACAUGUCGUAUAGCCAUCCUCCGAAAGUACAACCACAAAAGGGCGCAACCAUUGGGACCUUGGAUUUGUCAGCAACGCAGCACAUAACUUUGCAGGAACACCGUCAUACCCAGAAGUAAUAGUUUCCGGCACUCCAAACAUGGUGGCCAUAUCCCAGCAUAUACGACAUCAACCUGGGUCCGAAAUCUCGCGCUAAGUUGAUGGCAUAGCCAGUCUCCCACCCAAAGCAAGCUCCGAUGCCAAAGAUAACGAAAAACAAUGCCAGUGGGGUGAGGUUUCCCGCGCCGAGAUUGCCAUCGUCCUUCAAGGCAUAAAUCAAGAACAUGAGGAUUGUGCUUGCGAUGAAUUCGGAGAAGAAUUGCCCUGUCUUCGUCAUGAAAGGAGCGGGAUAUGUGCAGAAUAUCCCGGCAGUGGCGGUGUCAGAAUACCCAGGAACUGUCCGAAUAUUCGGCCCACCUUCAUAGACGUCAAUCGCCGACUUAUAAUUGGCAUAGACGACUCCAGAGGCACACAUGGCACCUAAAGUCUGAGCCAACAUAUAAAUGGGAAACUUUCGCCAGGGGAAUUUUCGAAACACGCAGUUGGCGAAGGUGACAGCUGGGUUGAGAUGGCCGCCGGCCAAGGCCCCUGUAUACACACCCAACAUCACUCCAAGCCUGCCGACAUACUUAGCUGCAACAGGAAAUGUAGAUGGAAUGUCUCUACUUACCCCCAGCCCCAUGAUAUCGAUUGAUAGUCACCCUUUUGACCUUUACUGAGAACAACUUGCGCAACAACGCCGUCGCCGAACAGUAUGAGGAUGAAGACACCAAAGAAUUCGGCGAAAGGCUCUCGGCAGAAGUGACGGAUUCUGCUCCAAGCAAGAUCAGGGUGAGACUGGACGACGUCUUCUUGAGGGAUUUUGUGGUCGACAAGAGGCCCAUGCUCCGCAUAGGCCGGUUGGCCAGCGACCGUUGUCCGGCGAUACUCAUGAUGGCCAUCAUGCCGUAUUCCUUCGUCGUGAGUAGUAGGAGGGCUGGACGACUGUGAGUCUUUCUCGAUAGACAUAAUGUUGAUUCCGCGGCGGAAGGAGGCCUCGCUUUAUUUCUCGACCUAGAACGAACAGGUUGGGGGCUGCUAUUGCGGAGCUCGAGGUGAUAAACCGGACGCGGGCGGACAUCAGCCAGUCACACUGGGGAAGCAGUAACAGUCAGAAGCCUGAUACGAGGAUGCAUGCAGGCCACCCUAGCUGCUGAGCGGAGACUCCUCCGCCAAAAGAUUGGCAUUGCAACACCGUAUUGAGGGAGAAAGAAAGCCUAGGACCAAACGAUGCCUCUCGAUCUCUCGGCUCAGCGUUACCGAAGCCACUUGAUGGAGCGGUGUCGCUGGUUUGACAAGUCCGAAUCGUGGAUUCUUUGCGGGAAGAAGCAAACAUGGUAGAGUGACAGCUGUAUCGCAGCACGGGACAUGACCGGACCCAACAAAGCCAGCCAUCGAGCAGAAACCGACGCUUCCGUGUCCAAUGAGCGAUAAAUAGAUCAACUAGGAGUUGACAAGGGAUGCCUACAGACAUGACCGAGGCCGAGAUUCUCCAAUCCUCAAUCAAGAUCCUACACUGCCGGAAGACGCUGACAGCUUGCGGACACCUCGGACAUUUGUGAUCAAUGUUCCACUUCACCCGCUGUGUGAUCUGUCAUCGAUGGUUUCAACCCAAAGGAAUGAACGAGCAGUACAGACUGUAGUCCAGGAUGCUUCAAUCGGAGUGAUCUCAGAUGUAUGAGUGCCUAAGGUAGGUUGGGCCGAGUCCUGCUUUUCGACUCCGAGCUGGAGGCAUCUUGUCUAUCUGCCGCACUCUCGAAAGUGUAAAAAUUAGUUCUGCCAUGCAUCAGGGGAUCCUCGCAUCCUUUCUGCCUCCUUGUCAGCACGCAGGUCUCUAGGAAGCCAGACUCCCCAAAUGAUGAAUCGAGAGGGGAAGAAUGGAAAACGAACGUUCAACCCUGUAACAGUAUGUACCCCGCAGGAGAGGGCGAACGCUAAUCAAGUUGGAACUGAAGCGGUCGUGAGUCGGCUUCCGCCGGUCUCUCUUCGAGCGCUGUGGUGUUUGCCAACUGACAGUGCUCAGCUGGAGCCUGCCGCGAGCAGCCGGCCGCUGGCACGACCAAAGCGAACUCGAUAACCAGGUCGAAAUUGAAGUCUGUACACUAACGCAGCUGAGGUUGCAGUGUCACCAUACCAAGCAAAUAGUGGCUUGCCCAACGCCUCUAGACCAUUGUCCGUCGUUGAUCAAACAAGCAUAUUGUGCGCCGAGCUGUCUUACUAGCAUGCGGCUUGGUAAAGGUCGUCGACGCAGGUGGCUGGCACAUCCUGUUGAGGAGAUUUGCCCUCUGCUUUCCGGUGUUGAUUGAUCUCUAUCCCGGAGCUCGUUCAUUGGCAGUGGCGUCUUCCUACGGUAUCUCGUAGAUUUGGUUCGGUCUCAACUUCCAUCGACCGGCGCAAGGGAGGCCUCCACUGACUCCGCAAAACGCAUCGAAGGUCAAUCCCUCGAACGCAUCGACCCACCAUCUCCCAGCCGCCCGCGGUCUCCACCACCCCGGAUUCUCUUUGGCGGGGUACUACUGGCCUGAAGCUUGUCACUGCCUUUCGGGCUCAGGUAUCCGAGCUCGCCCCAAGAAGCUACCAAAAGGUAGCGGCAUAGCUUCAUAGGUCGGGAGCGCUAGAGCUUCAAUAGCUACCCUGGAGCUUCCUUCAGCCGACGAGACGCCCAGGCUCUAUCAGACAUCACAGAGUGUCCGUUUCAUCGACCUCCAUUUCAGGCGCGCUCCAGCUAAUCAUUUCGGAAUCGAGCCGAUUGUAUGUUGGCAGCACUGAGAAACAAGAUGGGCGACACCGCAGACGACACCCACGAGACAUUCGUGGGCUCGAUCGACCAGGGCACGACCAGCACCCGAUUUCUCAUCUUCAACAAAUCCGGCGAGCCAAUUGCUUCACAUCAAAUCGAAUUCAAGCAAUACUAUCCACAGUCGGGAUGGCAUGAACAUGAUCCGCUGGAAAUCAUCUCGUCGGUGGAGCAAUGUAUCGAUGGUGCAGUAAAGGACCUCGAGAACCAGGGCCAUUCUCGUGCAAGUAUCAAAGCCGUUGGGAUUACGAACCAACGCGAAACCACUGUGGUCUGGAACCAUGAAACAGGAGAGCCUUUGUAUCAUGCCAUUGUCUGGACAGACACUCGCACUCAAGCAUUGGUUCGGAAACUCAAGCAUCGUCUGGGGGCAGACCGCCUUCAGGAGCUUUGCGGUCUGCCAUUGUCGACGUAUCCAUCUGUUGGGAAGUUGCUGUGGCUCCUAGAAAAUGAGCCCAAGGUCAAGGAGGCUUAUGACAAAGGGAUCCUCGCCUUUGGUACGAUCGACUCGUGGCUUGUUUACAAACUCAACGGUGGCCCCAAGAAAAAUGUCUUCGUGUCUGACCCGACCAAUGCUUCGAGGACCAUGUUUAUGAACCUCCGGACACUGGACUAUGACGAUCAGCUUAUCGAUUUCUUCAGACUCGACCCGGCCAAAAUCCAUUUGCCCAAGGUCACUCGAUCAUCAGACACGGAAGCAUAUGGCCGGCUAGAAUCCAGUCUGCUCAAAGGGGUGCCAAUUACUGGAUGCCUGGGAGAUCAGUCGGCAGCCCUCGUUGGCCAGAAGGGAUUCACGCCUGGCCUUGCUAAAAACACAUAUGGUACAGGCUGUUUCCUCCUAUACAAUGUCGGCGAGGAGCCUGUCUUCUCACGUAAUGGCUUACUUGGCACGGUAGCAUAUGACUUCGGGGAGGGAAAACGGAUGUAUGCACUUGAAGGCAGUAUUGCCGUGGCAGGCUCCAGCGUGAAAUUCCUGGUCGACAAUUGGGGGUUCGUGGAAUCGUCUAGCAAGAUCAGUCAGCUGGCUUCCACGGUUGAGGACAACGGGGGUGUGGUGUUUGUCACAGCCUUCAGCGGCCUCUUUGCUCCGUAUUGGAUUGACGAUGCCAGAGGAACUAUCUAUGGCAUAACAGCGUACACCAAACGCGGCCACGUCGCCCGUGCAACCCUGGAAGCCACCUGUUUCCAGACCAAAGCCAUUCUGGAUGCAAUGGAGAAGGACUCUGGCCACAAGCUGGCCGAACUGGCCGUUGACGGCGGCAUGAGCAAUUCAGACUUGGCCAUGCAGACGCAGGCAGACCUGAUCCAGAUUCCCGUGCUGCGACCUCAGAUGCGUGAGACGACAGCUCUCGGUGCGGCCAUUGCGGCAGGGUUGGCUGUCGGCGUCUGGGAGAGUAUCGACGAGCUUAAGAAGGUCAACGUCGAAGGCCGCACAGUCUUUAAGCCACAAUUACCGGAGGCGAAGAGCAAGGAAAUGUUCGGUCGAUGGGAAAAGGCAGUUCAGAUGUCCCGCGGAUGGGCUUCGUAACGGACAGAUAUGCAGGAGAUGGAAGAGUAGAGUGCUCGAUGCAUGAAUAAUGACCACAAUCUUGGAAGUAAAUGGCCCGUUCUAGCCGGUAUGGAGAAGAGACUAUCGAAGAUGCAUUUGACACAGAUACAUGCCUGACUUUCACUCAGUAUAAGACUCCAGCCCUUUCAGCCCUGCUGCAGCCACUCUCAAGAGCAGCACUCAGGCAAAUGUGGUAAUGUGGUGCUGUAGAACGAGCAACAACGCCGCAGCGAAAGCGCAGCUGAACUAUCACGGGCGUGACCCGACCAAGUUGACCACUGCAUCUACACCUACUUCCGACCCAUGUUACAGGCUGUGACCAAGGACAAGUCUGCUCUGAAUAAUUUGCAUUGCCCAUUUAGAAAAAGGGAGCAACAUGAUAACAGAAUUGUCGAAUAUGUCGGUGCAGUUGCGGACCAAGCAUGUAUGGGCAGUUUCCCUUGCCGAAUUGCGUGAUUGCCCGCUGCCCGAUUCCGUUUUGCGGCGACACGGUCAGCCCACCAUGCUUUCUGGACGAUACUUGAUUAUUACGAUUCACAAAGAUACAAUUUCUCUACUUCGUCUAGCUAUCCCUCGGUAACUGUGAAGAGGUGGUGGCUUCCAAGAACGUCGAAGUCUUUCUCCCCGAACCACGGCAGCCAAUGCUGGCCAUCACGAACUCUAACAUUUCUUCAAAGUCCAACCCUCUUUGUACACUCGAGCGCCAACCAUGAAGAUUGCUCCCACGGUUGUGCAGAUUCCCAGACACAGUUGAGCGACCAGGUACCCACCUCUGCCACCGCCGUUUGUCGUUAACAGUGCGCCGCCGAUUGGCGGGCCUGCUAGACCAGCAAAACUGAAAACGGAAAAGGCCAUGCCCAUGCGGACGCCGUUCUUACUCAGGUCGUCAUUCAGGCUGGCUACAGUGGUGGGGAACAGGCAUUGGAAAGCACCCGCCGAGAAGCCAUAGAAGACGGAGAAGACGUACAUGCUUGGCACGGAUCUCACUGCAAUCCAGACGAAGCCAAACAGCGCAUUGAUGAAGAGGAGAGGAACCAUGGUGUUGAGCGGGCCAAGGAACCUGUCGGUGAUGUACCCGGUCAUCAAGCGGACGGGGACUGCGGCGGCGUUGAAGAUGAUGAGGAUUGUGAGCGAGUCCUCAUAGCUCAUGCCGAUGAUGUUGCGGCUGUAUGAAGCCAGGUAAUAGAACGUGAAGAAGAGACCACCAAAGACAAACGACAUUCCGAUCAGAACACAAACAUAUGGCACCUCAUGGAACGCCCUCCAUUCGACGAUGGGCCCUGAUUUCCUCGGCGGAAGUCUUGGACGCAUGAAGGCCAACGCCAUCGCGAGCAGUGCCAGAUUCACAAAUCCCAGCACCCGCACAGUCCAAGCGAAACCGAUCUUGGGAAGCAGCUGGCGCACAAUGAUGGGAUACACCGCUCCGCCCACGGAAUUUCCGGUGGUGACGAUGGCAACCGCGAGACCCCGACGUCGUUGGAAGUACGUGGUCACCAACCCCAUGGCUGGUAAGAAGAAGAUGCCGCUUCCUAGACCGGUGCAGAUUCCCUGAGCCAGAACCAGCUGCCAGAACACCUUGCACAGACUAGUCAUGAAUAUCCCUAUGACCUGAAUCACGGUGCCGAUAAACAAGGUUGGGAUGAAGAGUCCUGCAUCCAAUGCCCGCCCGGAGAAGGCGCUCACCACAAACACAACCCAGAGCUGUACCGAGCCGACCCAUGACACCGUCGAUUGCGUUUCUCCCAGCGAUUCGGUGUAAUAGGUUUGAAAGACCCCGAAUGAGUUGAUGUAGCCCCUACAGGGAGAGUUAUUUUCGAUAUUCCAGAAAGAGAGAAUUGGGGGCAUCCCGCCAUCGUUUCGAGUCAACUUACCAGGUAACAAAGCAGAUUCCCCACGCCAUAAUCACUUGCGUCCAUGCUUGCAGCCCCCCGUCAGGAGGCGGGCCAGGGUCUAUAAUGUCUCUGGUUGUGAGCCGCGACGCGACCUUGCUCAGAGCAUUGCUACAAACAUGCUUCAAUUCUGUCCUGGUUUGCAUGAGUAGCAGCGUGCCUGUUCACGUUUGCAAUGAACUCAAUCGUCCACGCCGUGCGUUACUUUUGUGGAAAGUACCUUACACGCCUCAACAUUCAAACUUGAAUCGAAGAACCACGACCUUAAGAAAAGAGGCGCGGCAAACCUCUAGGGAGCGACAUAAAUGACAUGGCCAACCCGCUCCCAUUCUCCAACGCUAAAAGUACUCACUGACUGUUACAGGGCGCAUCAGAGCCUGCAUCGAGACGACUAGAGCCGCAAAAAGGACGGUCAUUCGCCGAUUCGUGGCGGGUUUGGGGUUCAAUCUUGAUAUGGUCCUCGACCUUGGUCCCCGAGUGCCGGAUAUCCGAUCUACAUCAAAUAUCCUGUCAGGACAGCGUCACGGUUCGAAAUUGGCUUGAUUUGCUUGUCAUUAUAGCACUCACAGUGUGACAUAUGCAUGUAAUGACGGGUGCUUUUCUGUGCCUGCAUGGGGUAGCGCGACCCCCGAAUCGAAGCUUGGCAGUCAUUCACUCCGAGUUCCUCACCGCCGCGGGUCAAAGAAGUCCGAACUAGGACUUCUCCGAAUCAUGUUUUGACUGACCACAAGUACAACUCAAAUCCGCUCGAAACGAGAUGAUAAGAAUCUGUGACUGCGUAAGUGAUUGUUAUUUAGGUGUGUGUGUGUUACAGCAGCACGCCGUCCAAGAACGCUUGUCAGCCAGAUGAACCUUGCGCAUUGCAUUGAUGCCGCCAGUGCGCCUUACUGGACAUACUAGAUUUCGAGGGAGGGUUUCCUUUCUGGUGUCGUGAUUGAGCAGCUCAGCCCCGUUCCCUUCGAAUAUCAAUCUACCUAUGUACUGUAGGAACAUAGUAGGCUCAACCGCUACUAUUCUCGAGGACGGAAGAUACAAUCAAUGCCCGCCUUCCAUCUCGACCAUUCUAGGCACUGAUAACGGGCUUCUGCAGCUCUUGCAUUCAUGAUCCCUCGAUAUCCGCAGCUUGUGUCGUGGUACGACGCCUACCGGGUACAUCUCACAAGUCUGUCGCGCUCGUCCUUGCCUGGCGGAAACCUGCUUCUGCUUCUCGUCUAGUCUAGUCCAACAUUUGCGCCUCAUUCGAAGGCUUCAAGCGCUCCGAAUCAAGGACCGUGCAGCUUGUGUUCAUCUCGCUUGCUUUACACCACCAGUAAGAAGAACGCGGUCGUCAUACCCGAUGAGCUUGCGCGUACUGGUGAGCCCUCGCAGCAAGCGGACGACGAGCUCUCAGUCAACAUCUGUCUCUGCUGUUGCGGAGCUCUCCUGCUCCUGCGUUGCCUCAGAGUCAAGCAACUCUGUGUGCUCGCGCUCCCACCACUCCAAACAGCGUUUCAGAAGCCGUUCCUGGGACUGUCGGAG